AUGCAUAAAGGAUUUUACGUAUUGAAAUAUCGGGGCACUUUUCCGAAAAACACCACCGACGCAAAAAAAAAAAAGAGAAGACAACGAACUCAAACAAUGUCACAGAGCUGGGAAGAAAUAGCAGAUGCGAAAAGACGCAGCGUGUUGGAACUGAUUCCCCAGAAAUGGAUCGAUGCUGAUUUGAAGCUGAAAAUGAUCCAAGCCGGCUAUACGAGCACGAAGGCGUAUUUAGACUCAAUUCUUCCACAAGAGGAAGUGGCCAUCACGAGCUUGCUGGUGGGCCAACUUCAGCAGCAAAUUCUGUCGGGCAAACUUUCCGCUCUUGCCGUUACGUCCGCCUUUUGUCACAGAGCCGCAUAUGCUCAUCAGAUUGUCAACUGCUGCUCGGAGAUAUUUUUUGACGAGGCCAUUGCAAGAGCUAAGAAAUUGGAUGAUAUAUAUGCAUCCACUGGUAAAACAGUUGGACCUCUUCAUGGUGUACCUAUAAGCUUGAAGGACCAGGUGGAUUUAGCAGGGAAAGAUUCUGCGAUAGGAUUUAUUGGCCGACUCAAUAAGCCCAAAGACACCACCAGUUUGUUAGCGCAGGAGCUAUUCAGCAAAGGCGCAGUUUUUUACGUGAAAACUACUGUUCCAAUGGCUAUGAUGGCCCCUGAAACUAUGUCCAAUAUUUAUGGCUAUACUUAUAAUUCGCUCAAUAUCAACUUAUCUUCUGGUGGCUCCUCUGGAGGAGAAGGGGCAAUGAUAGCAGCUGAUGCUUCUCCGUUGGGAUUUGGAACUGAUAUUGGAGGGAGUAUCCGUAUUCCGUCGUCUCAUCAAGGACUUUACGCUCUUAAGCCAUCGACUGGACGCAUUUCAUAUUUGAAUGUCACCAACUCAGCCAGUGGCCAAGAAGCAUUCCCAUCCGUGAUUGGGCCAAUGGGAAAAAGCUUGGAAGACAUUUCUUUCAUCACAAAACUUAUUGUGGAUGCGCAACAUUGGGUUCAGGACCCGAAGGUAUUAGCAGUUCCAUGGAAAGACACUUCGGAAUUGAAAGAAAGAAAACUCACUUUUGGGCUCUGGAAGUACGACAACAAAGUGAAGCCUCAUCCAUACAUUGACAGGGCUUUGGAAUCGGUGUCCAAAGCUUUGAAAGAACAAGGCCACGAGGUAAUUGAGGUUCAAAUUCCCAACCAUGAUCUGAUCAUGCUAACGGCACUGCAAGUUUAUGGUGCAGACGAGGGCUACGAAAUCAUAACAGAGUGCAAAGUUUCUGGUGAGCCUGUAGUCGAAGUUGUCGCCGAUUGUGUUCCAAAUAAUUCACAAAAUCCUAUCACGGUGAACAAGUGGUGGGAUCUCUGCAACAAAGUGUACGAAGAAAAGCAGCAGUUUCUUUCUUUCUGGUCAGGCACCAGCAAGAAAACAAAAUCCGGAAGCCCAAUUGACGGAAUUAUUUGCCCUGUUUGGCCUUCAGCAUCCGUGUUGCCUAUUUCUCCACCUACGUUGAACUAUACAUGCCCUUUUAAUCUCUGCGAUUGUGCUCUGGUUGUGUUUCCAGUGACAAAAGUGGACAAAGAUAUUGAUAAGCCCGAUUCGUCGUACAAGCCAACGAGCGAAUUGGAUAGAUCCGUUCAAGAGGCAUAUAAGCCGGAAUUGUUUGAUGGUAUGCCUGUGUGUUUGCAGGUUGUGACAAAAAAGCUCGAAGAGGAAAAGGCGCUAACCCUCGCUUCUGUAAUCAACGGUUGUUUGUAG